UCACAGCUGAGCCGAGAUGCUGGCUUUUCGCGUAUUUUCCAAGUUUUUUGAGUUCAGUUCGUGAGGCGCUGGCUGAGCAAAAACGUCAUGUAAACGGAUGUUUUAUCAGUUAUCGGCUAGCUACGUAAAACGUGCGCAAAACCCAAACCGAAACUUUAGCCAUAAUAGUGAAAAGUGCUAAAAAGCCUUAACGGUAAUUCCGCUCUUUUUUCGGUAGUAGAAGAGAAAAGUGUUUUUAAAGUAACUCCUGAUUGGCUACAAAAAUAAAAACGAUUCGGAAAUGACUGCAAUUUAUUAUUAUUCGUGCAAUAACGUUAUUCCAAAUCAAUAAACAAGCCGGAAAAACAAUAAAUUUAACCGAUUUGUAACAUUCAUUGAGUGUGCUGAUCAAAUAAAAAUGAAAAUAAUGAAAAGUUCUUAACGGUAAUUCUACUAAAAGGAAGAAAAUUGAUUGGCAAAACAAAUCAAAAGGAAAAUGGCUGUAGUUUAUUUUUAUUCCAGCAAUAACGCCCUGCUAAAUCAAUAACAGGGAAGCCACUCCAAAAAAACCUCUUAUUCAAGCUUACCAUAGUAGCCCCAAAAACAGUAACGGACAUAACUAUAAACGUAUUCAGUGUUGAAAAGCCAAAAAGCCGGCCAGUGGUUCAAAAAGCCGGAGAAUAGAAGCCAAGCCUCCGCUCUUCUCGUGUUGUUAUUGUCGAAACGGGGUCAAAAGUUCGUGUCUCACUCGCUAAUUCAACCGCACAAAAUAUACACUCACACACACAUUCACUAGCACACCAUCCUAGAUAACGGUUACUCAAGUGCAAGCAAAGACACUGCGUCGCCCGUCUGGCAGAAAAGUAUGAUAAAAGCAUAAGAAAAGCAAAAGAAAGGCAGACAAAGGCAUUAGACAAGUGCCAAGUAACUCAAAACUGCAGGCCUACGAAACACACGGAAAACCGAACCGAAAAACAACACCGAAUCCAAAUACCAGACUACAAAACUAGGCCAAUUCGCGUGGAAGCGGGGGAAAACAGCUAAAAGAAAAGUGCUCAGUAAAACGUAGAGAAGUAAAAUAAAAUAAAAUAAAAAUAUAAAACAAUAGCAGCGCAGCUCCCUGGCCAUUUGUCAAUGACUCAGUCACUCGCGUGACUGCCGAUUCUUGGGGAAAAGUGGAAUAACUGUAGCCGAAACAGACUCCGGAACAAGGACUAGUCACAGAAAUUUGUGGCCACAUUUCGUGUUGGACGGCAUAAAACAGAAGCGGCAAAUAGAAAAGCCAAACGGCGGCUAAGUUGCCUUUGUCUGCCGUCGGCGAAGGAGGAAGCCUGGCAAUUGGCCAAGUUAAUAGAGAGCCGGGAGGCCCGAUAAUGACGUUGGUGCUGCUGGAGCUGCUGUUGCCGUUGCUGCCGCCCAUGCUGAUGAUGAGGCUGCUAACUUGGUUAUUGCUGCCAGCCUAAAGGACACAGGACGAAAGGACCCAGGACGAUAGGACCCUCAGUUUAUACCCCCCAACUAGACAGACAACAAAAACAAGGUCUGUUAGCUGCAACGCCGGGCUUACUGCAUUUCCGCAUCUUGUUCCUGUCGCCGCCCCCGUCGCUGUCAUCGUUAUAGCCCAGUCAUUGCCACAGCCGGAGUCACCAUGCCCAUUGCCCACCCACUGCCGCUCUGCGUGGCCUGGCUGCUGCUUCUCGUCGUGAUUGUGAUGAGCGACAUGACAAACGGCGGUGUGCAGGGACCCAUCGAGGGCUACAAUUCGCUGGACGACCUGCUGACAACCACAGCGACUCCGGGACAGGCGGCUUUACUCCUGCCCACCGCACCCACCGCCGCUUACACCCAUCCCAAAUGGAUGGAGCCCUACUUCGAUCCCUCGACGCCGCGCAAUGUCACCGCCCUCAUGGGCAAGUCCGCCUAUCUCAGCUGCCGUGUGCGCAAUUUGGCCAACAAAACGGUGUCCUGGAUACGGCACCGCGACAUCCAUAUACUGACAGUGGGCUCAUACACCUACACCUCCGACCAGCGAUUUCAGGCCACACAUCACCAGGACACCGAGGACUGGACUCUGCAGAUAAAAUGGGCCCAGAAACGGGACGCCGGCAUGUACGAGUGCCAGAUAUCGACGCAGCCGGUCCGGAGCUAUUUCGUUCGCCUGAAUGUUGUCGUGCCAACGGCCACCAUCCUGGGAGGUCCUGACCUUCACGUUGAUAAAGGCAGCACCAUAAAUCUCACUUGCACUGUAAAGUUCAGCCCCGAACCGCCGGCCUACAUCUUCUGGUAUCAUCACGAGGAGGUCAUUAAUUAUGAUUCAUCAAGAGGCGGCGUGUCGGUAAUUACCGAAAAGGGCGAUGUGACAACCUCAUUUCUGCUCAUACAGAAUGCAGAUCUGGCCGAUUCGGGCAAAUACUCCUGUGCGCCCUCCAAUGCAGAUGUGGCCAGUGUGCGUGUCCAUGUCCUAAAUGUUCGGGCCAUAAUUUCAGGUGAACAUCCGGAGGCAAUGCAAACUGGUUCAUCCGGUUGUCAGUACAAUUGGCUGACAAUCGUCCUGCUCCUGGGCCUUGUCCUUUGCUACAGUCAACAAUGCAGCUCGGCCGUGCCAGCGUCAUUAACAUCACCAUUACCAUUACCAUCGCAAUUACCAUUACCAGCGGCAACGGCAACAGCAACAGCAACAGCAACCGGAGAAAGUACAUCCAGUGAAAGUGUGGCAGCCGCAACAGCAACAUCAACAUCAACAAUAACAUCAACGAGGAAGCGGUGUCCUGUGGUCAAAAGUUGCCGCCAGACCGCCGGUCAUGUCCUGGCCAAAAGGUCCUGUCACAGAUGAUCGAAUGAAGGCCACAACAGCCCCCAACUAAAUAGAGUAAUUUAAAGAGCCACCCACAUGAAAUGUGAGUGCAACUUCGACUAAGUAUCUCUGAGUGUGUGAAUGGAUCGGUUGAGGGUUUGCCAUUCAGCCGUUUAGUAUGUCAGUUUUAAACUUGUACUCGACAACCACAUUGCAUAACAAUGGCGCAGAAGGGGGCUUUUGAUUUUUAUUUCCCAACUUAUCUAAUUAUUAUCACAAAUAAUUUAAAUUUUAAUUUUACUCAGCAAAUUCGAGAGGAUUAAUAAUCCUUUUGGCCAUAAAUCAACUCUUUAAAUCAUAUUAAAUUCUUUAAUUUUUUUACCCACCACAAACUCUUCAUUAAGGCCUGUUAAUUAAAAUAUAAAUAUCUAUUCAAAAAUGUCACCCAACCUGCCCCGACUGCCCAAGCCGUUGUCCAGCAAGGUUAUUAUAUAAAUAAUACCUUAUGUAAGCAUAUUGAUUACAGUUUAAUGUGUAUAUUUAAAUAAAAUCAAAACUUACCCCAUAGGAUGUGUGUAAAUAACGAACUUAAAUAUAAUUACGAAAGGAAAUAAAUAGAUGUGUGUAUCGGAAACAUAGCGGGAGUGAGUAAUCUCUAUGGCCGGCGGCUCUGACUCUUUUUAAUAAAUUAAUGAAUAAUCAAAUAAAGUGCAGUGUACAGUGGAGGCUCGCUCCAUGCUAAAUAAUUAGAUAAAAACGUAGACAAGCCAAAUAGCAGUGAGUCAUAAAACAUUUAAAUUGAUUGCCAUAUCAUGCAAAUAUUUGCACUGCGCAAUUUUCCACCAAACCAAGCCAAAUGUAAAUUCGAUUUUCUGCUUUCAUAUUCGCCCACGCACAAAAUACAAUUUAUUUAAUUUUCUUUUUUUUUUUUAUUGCCUUGAUAUUAAUGUCACAGUUUCAUAAUUGACGGUAAGCCGACCUGCCGCAUUUCCAAUUGAUUAAAAAAUUCCUCGCAAUAUUUAUCUAAUAAUUUCCUUAAAAUUGCUUAAAUAUUUGCAAAAAUUGAAUACAUUUUAAAUGUCAUUUUCAGUUGACACGAUUACCUUUACUUAAUAAUAGCUUUCCCAUUAGUUUUCCCAUCUUAAUUAAAAACUGCGGCGUUCUGAAUGGCCACCAACUGUGAAUGAUUUGCCUGUUUUUUGUCCACAAUAAUUGCCAUGGCCAGAGUGUAUAGUAAAUACAGAAAUAAUUAUAGCCAAUAGAAAAAAGUGAAUGCCUAACUAUUCCACCCAAUAAAUUGAUUUAAUUAAGCAUUAAAAUGUGAAAAAUUCAAAUAUCAGAUUCGAUUUCAGGACCGCUGAAAGAAAACACUCUCUGUUGACCUACCGCAAAUAUUAUAUUUCAUAAUUAAAAUUAUUAAACAACAAUUUGCAGCUAGGCAGGCCCGCAAAUUAACUAACAUUUGCCAUUCAAAUCAAGCAAUAACCAAUUAAAAUGUGAUGUGAUUUCAGCCAUCUUGUGUUUGGGCACAAUUAUAAUGAAACAUAAUUCGGAAUUAAGGAUUGGCAUUUUGUUUGCAUCGCCAACAGGCAGGAAAAACUAAUUUUAUUAAUUUCCGUUAAGCUGUAAAAAUAAUGUUAGUCAUAAGCCAACUUUACGAGUGCUGAUAUCGGCAAAUUGUGCCAUAACCGAUAAUGUUUAAACAUUAAAUUUAUUUCCAAUUAAAGGUUUUUAUGUUCUUUCUAGUUUAAAAGUUAUAACAGAGAGGAAGGUCGACUCAAUUAGAAAUAUUUUAAAUGGCAGGUUCAAUUUACUAAUUUGCCAUCUUUCCCUCCCAUCCCCGACUCCAGCUAAUCUCCUAAUUGUUAAUGCAGCCAUAGCCCCACAGAACAUGAAUAUAUAUGCUUGAGUUUAAGUGUGAAUACGAGCAUAUGCCAGCCAAUUUGAAAUUCUAACUCAACGGAAUGCUAAUGCCAUAAGCCCACAAGCAUUCGCCAUAAACCUUUAAAGCGCAGUACAUAAAUCUACAUAAGUAAAUAUAUAUAUAUAUACAGAUAUAUAAUAUAUCCGUAUGCUCGUAGGCCAUCAGCUAAGUAAUUCCUGUAUAUUAAAGUUAAUUAGUGAAACUCUAGAAUUAUGCAUUAGCCAAGUAAAUUUGCAUACUGUGUGCGACUAAGGACAUAGUUAAAUAGUAAUAAUUAAUAGAAAUAAAGCAAUCGAACUGUGUAAAACGAACUACUUUUAACUGUUGAUUAAAACAAAACGAAAGCUAAAUGGCAGAACUAGUGAAGGCAUAAUAUGAAUAUACAUUAAUGAAUUCAUAAAGAAACAUAGCAAAACAUUACAAUAAUAAACAAAUAGCAACGAUAACAAAAGGCAAACAGCAGGGCCUAUGAAAGUGAAUAAAAACCAGAGUGUUUGUUGUUUGUCUUUCGAUUGCAAUGAUUGUCGCCACAUUGUAUUGUAAAACAGCAAACAAACAUGAGCAGAAACCAAACACAAAAACAAACGAAAAAACAA